AUGUUGGCCUCUUCCGUUCUUUUGUUCGCGUUUGCCGCGAUUGGCAUGGCUCAGGCUCCUGUUGGCUACAAGGCGGUAUACCUCACCUCGAAGGUGGAUGCCAAGUUAACAAUUGUACCAGAAACAGCAGCUGCCGGCAGCAAUAUCCGAGUGUUCGUCCCGCUACCCACAAUCAUUGAAGAUGCCAUACCCACUUUGUCGAAAUCUAGUCAGACUCUCGCUAACACAGCAGCACAACAAUGGUAUCUCAAGGAUGGGAACAGCUCCAUCCGGCUGCCAGGUUCCACGCUCUGCAUGGAUGGAGGUGCUAAGAGUGAGGAUCACCCAGUAUUCUUGCAAUUUUACGAGUCUAGUUUCAGUGGUUAG